AUGUGCCAAGGCCAAGGCGGGUUUAUUAAAAUGUCUGAAGGGCAGGGGAGGGGUUGUUUGAUGACAUUUCUAGUUCUUACCUCGUUAAUCUACAAGUCAUCUCAGAUAGGUUCAGUUACACCAGAAAUUAUUGUACUAGAUACCAAUGGCAACCAAAAAGAAUUAGAUGGUAUUGCUAUUGUUUACAAUUCCUACGUCACUUUAAUUUGCCGUACAGUAUCUGACGAACAUCUUCUAAGAUGGCUGUAUGCACCAUCACAAGAUGGAACGUUUACGCCACUAAAUAAUACAGGCCAUAUUACCAUUUCGUCUCAAAAAAAUGAAGAAGUAUCGUUGCUGCUCGUCAGCGUUCAGUUUAAUAUGUCGGGCGUAUAUCAGUGUACUAAUGGACUUGCCAGUCGUCAGAUAGAUGUUCACGUUUAUGGAGUUUUAAACAAGAUUAGUAGUACUGUCCAAUUGAUAAAAAAACAUGAGGUGGUUGGUGCUUACAGCCUUCAGAUUAACACAAUCAAUUCAAGUUAUCAUCCUGUUGUUGCGUGUGAAUUCCGAGUUGGUUCAAACGGUAUACGAUACACUACUGUCCGUUGGAGAGGCGGAAAGUAUCAUGUUAAACCCAAUCUUUACAAAGUUACUGAGAGUCGAGACGAAAAGUCUGGCAUUAUAUGGAGUAAUUUGACAUUGCUUCAUCCUUCCUAUGACCAAGAACUGUACGGAAAAUAUUAUUGCAUGUUCAAUAUUGUGCCUGGUACUAUGGAGACAGCUGAAUUACAAAUAAGCAUUCCACCAUUAAUACACAAAAAUGAACGUAGUGUAAAUCUUUAUUCUGGUGUGAAAUACACUUACUUCUGUGAUAUUAUUGCCUACCCACCAAUCACUGAACCUAUUUCAUGGAUGAGGAAUGAUGUUCCUCUAGUAAUCCAACAUAAUGGUCGAAUUCCUGUUCAUGAUAAUUCUGAAAAUCGUAUACAUUUUGAAAGUAAAAACGUUCUCAAUGAUCAAAUUGUAUUCGAUACAAUACAACCAGAUGAUAGAGCUGUCUAUUCAUGUUUUGUUCGUGGAGCAUUUGGAAAUGAUACAGCAGCUUUCUUUUUACGAGUAAAAGAAAUAUUCAACUUUAUAUGGUUAAAUGUCUAAUACAAGACAAUAUGAAUUCAAUCAACAAAGUUUUUUUGUUUACGAAAUAAUGUAGCCUGUUUCGAUUCGUUUGUCGAUAAGAUAUUAAUCAUUCAAAAAAUACAUGGCAGUAAUAUGUUUUCCUAAUACGUGUAACAUUAAGUGAACAUUUUAUAGUCUGGAAAUGUAUUCUAACUAGUGAUAUUUUUUAAAAGCUUAUUCUCACUCUUUUUCUUCGUUUUUCAUCAUAUUUUUCUUGUUUGUCCUAACAUUUUGAUGUAUGUAUUGCUGAGAACUGUGGUGACAUGAAUAUACAGGGGGUUGUUUGGUUUUAUACUUCAAAGGUUUGUUCUUUGCAGAUAAAUGCUGUAAGGAACUCAGUUCUUAUUUUUCAUAUGAAUUUAAUGUGUCAGAAACCAGUAUAUUCAGUCUGUGAAUAUGUGAUGAAAGUGUGCAGAAUGUAGAUCUAAAAUCUUCAAAUCAUGAGAAUGGUUUGUACGUAAAUAUUCUCUGCCCAGUCUGUUUGAAUUCUAUAGUUUUAAUAAUUGUUUUUCUAAAGAGACUACUCUUUACUUAGACUUAUCUUGUAUACACGGCAGUCAGUCAUUCACAACGUAGAACCUGUACGUGCAUACGUUUUUUCAAGUCUCCAUACCCUAUUAACACAAAGAGAUUAAGUUGUCAGGCCAAAUCUCAGAAUAGUAAAGGUAUUAACAAUGUCCGUAGUAAUAGGAAAGACUAGACAUUGAAGAUGCGACUCGAAAAGAAAAUAUAAAUUGGCGAAAUAAAAAUAUAAAUUUAUGAAGAAUAUAGAAUUUCAGGAUUUAGGGGAAUCUAAAGAAUGGAUGCACCUUCACCAUUGCAAAUGACUUUGAGUCAUGUCAUUCGAAGUCUAUAAUCAUUGGUUACGAUAAUCACGCGGAUCCCAACCAGGUAGUCUGUACCUAUUAACACGAGUCAGCCUGAUUGUCAGUGACUUCAUGAACAGAUAUCAGGGUUUGGCUGUUCCUAUCGUUUCUCCUGACUACUGCUCCGAAAGACAUUAUCCGUCAAGGUAGGAGGUGGUUGGGCAUGCGUAACACAUGUCUCCGCCAUCUCAAUUGAUGAAAAUUUGCUACCUCAUCAUUUGAUUCCCCAUCUUUACCUAGUACUCUACUCUUAACCCAAACAUUAUUUACUCUAUGGUCCCAAAAUACACGAGCAAUGCUUCAAAUACUAGUAACUUAUGAAUAUACUCUACUCCACGUAGCCAUUAGGCUAUGUAUCACAUCCAUCAAGUAGAACGGAGAAAACUGUUGAGCAGAUGGAUAUCUCGCCUGCAUCAUUAGUGACGCGAGUUGGCAAAGCUACUCUGUUUUGUAUCAAUUUCCAAAGAAUCUACUUCAAGGAGCUAGAUUGCGGCUAUUCUAUAUAGCCGAAGCCAUCUGGAUCAACUCCAGAAAAUCGAACUUAUGUGUCCAGAAGAGUUAUAUUUAGCCUCUAUGUUUACCUUGGCCCACGACUGGAUCACCUCUCAUUACAUAUGUUCAUACAGCGAUAUUAUUAUUAUCACCUCGAUUAAUAAGAUGGAAUUCUCCUAUUAUUCAUUUUACUCACACAUUUUUUUUAUUUUUUUUACAUUACUAUUAUACUGAUUAUGACUUGACAUUUUACUACAAAUCAUUCUGACCUUUCUAAUUUACAAAUAACACCAUUUUGGAGUAUAUAUGUCGUAACAGAUGCAAACGUUCACCAUUUUUAACACAUAACAUUGUCAAAUUCAUUAAUGAAUGCCUUAUUUUGGCUUUUGUAAGAUAUUAUAAUUAUGAACUUAUAACUAUAACCUAAUAAUGAAGUUGUUGAAAACAAUUGUCCGCUCAUAUAUCUUCUAUUUUGUAUAAUUUUUUAAUCUAGAUAAAUAUUUAUUUCAUAGCAUGUAGUCAACCAACACCUCACACCAGUCUUAGAUGGGAAAACAAAUCCACUAUUAUUGUUCUG